AGAUUUUAGUGGACCUUAACAUGGCCAACACUCACAGUAAGAUUUUAAAAACAUGGAGGAGCAGGUGUGCUGUUGGAUAUAUGAAUACGGCGUCAAGUAUGGUUAUGAUGGUUUAUGUUGCAAAAUUGAAGUUGAAUUCAAGAGGAGGGGGAGAGAACUGAACAUUCCAGUAUUGGGCUAUAUUCUCUAUGUGAGACGUCUUCAGAUAUUACUCAAACACGAGGAGAUAGUUAAGAGUCAUCUUGUGACAUUAGGAAAGCUCUGGAAAGAUAUUCUGUGCUAUAAGCCAUUCCACCUUCACAUCGAUUUCCAUAAAGCCAUUAUAAAAUUGUAUAUAGUAACCAAGUUACUGUACGUGGAUAGUGAAGGCCUUCACCCUGAUGUUGUACUGGAUACUCUACCAUAUUUUAAUUGGGAUGAAGUGAAACUUCAAUUUAAUUAUCAGGAUGACAGUUUCAAAGAUUAUCAUGCCAAAAUUGUCAAAGCUGCUCUUGAGGCUAUAGAAGCUAGUGCGGGUGAGCAGGUAAAUAGCCUCAAGCACCUAAAGAAUGAUUUACAUCUUGAAUUAGAAAAAUACCUUCAAGUUCAGCUUCCUAAACUCCUGAUAUUCUUGAUGGAUCUUAUUCCCACUACUGCAUUAGAAAAGAUGAUUGAUAAUGUAGAAAUUAAAGAAAAUCUUAAAAGACAGAAUGUAGCAGAAUAUACAGCCCUUCUGAAUGCUUUGAAAAACGAAACUCGUGUCACUGAAGCUGCCUUAAAUGAAGUCUUAGAAGCAAUUUUGACAAAAACUAAAUCACAAGAACAGACACAUGCAGAAAGAACUGAAGAGUUUCAGGUUCUCAGUGAAGUUGAAGUAAGCCAGAAUAUCACUACCACCAGUGAUGAAGAUAGCAAUUUGCAGGCCUCUACACAUGGUGCAGACACACACACAUCACCUGAUGAAGAAGUCGAUGUUAUAAUACACAAGGGAAAAAUAUAUAAUGUCAAGAGGGGUAAUGCAUUUGAAGUCCCCUAUCGGCAUGCAAGUAAUGAACAUGAUACUGGACAGGCUUUCCAGUCACCUAAUAUGCUUGAAGUUAUAAUUCACAAAUCUGAAGUAUAUGAAAUUAUUUCUGGAAUGGGCCCCCAGGUUGGGCAGAGACUACAAGUCCCUCAAACUGUGCAGUCUCUUAUGAUGAAAAGUAACUUUACUGACUCAGACCUUCAAGAUUUAGAAAGUGCUAUUAAUCAUCUAGAAACCUUACUUCCAUUAUUAAAGGAAAAGUUGAGGCAAGGCCAAAUGAAAAUAAGUGCUGGGAGUCAGAGUUCUGAGGAUGAGAACAGUAAUUCUGACAAUGAUGAGAAUCCUCCAAGUCAUUUUCAGUCAUAUGGUAAUCAUGCUGAUUCACAUGUGACUCAACAAUUGGCAAAUGACAACAGCCAAGCUGAGAAUAGUUGUCAGCAAGAAAGUUCUGUUAAUGGAGAACAUUCUUUGCAGAUUUCACAGUUAUCUCAGAAUUCUGAUGCCAAAAAUUCUGGGAGCCAGCAUUCUGAGGAUGAGGACAGUAAUUCUGACACAGCUGAUAAGAAUCCUUCAAGUCAUUUUCAGUCAUAUGGUAAUCAUGCUGAUUCACAUGUGACUCAGCAGUUGACAGAUGACAACAGACAAGCUGAGGAUAGUUGUCAGCAAGAAAGUCCUGUUAAUGGGGAACAUUCUUUGCAGAUUUCACAGUUAUCUCAGAAUUCUGAUGCCAAAAAUUCACUGAGUGUAUUUUUUAAUUUUGAAAAAGAUGAAGUAAGCAGUCAAAGCCAUUUAAAUGAAUAUAAUAGGAGUCCCUUAAAGAUAGUUCAAGAUAAAAGCCAGGGAGUUAUAUCCAAAGAAUCUCUUACUCUUGUAUCUCCUUACCCAAAUGAGGUACCAGAACAUAUUUCACCACAGGAUUGUGAUAGUAAUCAAAGCACUCCUAAUUUUGAUUUAAGCAAUACCUUUCCAGAAUUAAAAGUUACACCUGGAAUUGCAGAUCCUCUUAGAGAAUUAACAUCCAGCAGACAAAUUCAGUAUCGUUUAAAAAGUCUGUGCCAGGAGAAACCAAAAAGCAUUGAAGCUUCUAAAAACAAAGAAAAUGAACCUAUACAACCCAAUUUACAUUCUCAAACUUCUGCUGAAAUUUUAUUAAACAGUAGCUCUCCUUUAAUGAACUCUUCCCUCAGAGCAAAUGAAAAUAAUUUGCCUAAAGGUAUAAAUAAUAACCAUUUUGAUAAUGCUGCACAACAAACCACUUUUGUACAUGAAGGUAUUUUUCAAUGUGCAGCUAAUGAAAAGAAAUCCUCACUUGGGAGAAGAAUUAAGCAGAAUAUAAAUGCAACUAAUGAAAGUCAAGCUGCUUCUAAGCAAACUGUGACUGAAGACAGAAUAAAUGUGAGGAAAAUUCCUGAAGACGUGGCUUGUCAACCCAAACAAAGGUCUGGUAAGCGUAAACGUACAGAAACAAAACAUGCAGCUGAUAGACAACAGUCUAUGCUUGAAGCCACAAAUCCAUACCAUUUUGAUAGUGCUAUACAAGAAACGGCUUAUGCACCUGAUGAGAGUAGUAUACUGCAAUUUGCAGCUAAUGAAAAGAAAUCUUCACUUAUGAGACAAACUAAGCAGGAUGUAAGUGAAAGUGACAAUAGUAGUAAAGAUACUUCCAAGCAAAGUGUGGCUUGUCCACCCAAAUCGAGUGUGGAUAAAUGUAAACGUACAGGAACUAAACAUGCAGAUUAUGAAAAACAACCUAAAACAUUGAAGAGAGGGAAAAUAUCUAAGCAAAAGUUAACUGUGGGAGGGCCGUCAGAUUGUUUAGCACCAGCUCCAGAUUCAUCUCACUCGGAUGAAGAAGUCUUCGUGACCCCUAAGUCAAGCCCAGAAUCAAAGUCAAUGACUUGGCUCGUCAGUGAAUUGAGCACCACUGAUGCAGAGUCAUUUACAACAGUAACAAGUGGUUUUCAGUCAUCUUAGGAGGUAUGAAAAUAUUUAGAAUUUGUUAAAUGUAUUUUAUCAAGAAACUCCAUGCUAUCUGUUUUACAUUUAAGUUCCAGAGGUGGAAAGUACAGUGGACCCCCGCAUAACGAUAUUAAUCCGUUCCUGAGAGCUCAUUGUUAUGCGAAAUUAUCGUUAUGCGAAUGAAUUUUCCCCAUAAGAAAUAAUGGAAAUCAAAUUAAUCCGUGCAAGACACCCAAAAGUAUGAAAAAAAAAAUUUUACCACAUGAAAUAUACAUUUUCCUACACACAAAGAGAAGGAUACAUGCACAAUAGUAUAGUAGUACAUGCACAAUAUAGUUUUUUAGCGCUAUGCGAGAUGGGAUGUACAGUGGGAUUCAGGGAAACUGGCCUGCCGGUUUCCCUGAAUCCCUUCAUAAAUGUUACUUUGCUCACACUCCAACAAUAUAAUUUCCUUAAUAAAUUAAAUAAUGUAUAUUCCAUUAUCUUAUCACUUGAAAGAAGUGUGAAUAACAGAACAUUCCCUUUCAUGCAGUGCAAGAAUUCUUUAGUUUAAAGUUAAUUGAUUAGUUUCUUAGGUUACUUUUAUUAGUUUAAAGUACUGCAUUAAUUAUCUAGGUUAUAGGCCAUACUAGAAUUCUUUCACUAGUUUAAUGCAUUAGGUGGUGAAAAACAAUUAUAGAGAAGCCCUUUAUUUAGACAUUUCGCCAGUGCAACAAGCUUUUUCAGUCAAUACCUGGGAUGCACAAGUAAAUUUAUACAACUAUAGUCAGGUGACUAGCUAGGUGAGUGAAGUCCCUGUGUAGGUGAACUGUAAAGGAAGUGUACAGGUACUUUGAAUGAACUGUUUGCACAAGAUAAGUUGGACUACAGGUUUGGCUAAAUUCAAGAAGCUUUCACUUUAACCAAACCCAUGGCUCAGCUCAUAUUACAUGAAAGGACAUAGAAAGGGCCGGUACGCCCCCACCCUCCUAUCAGUGCUCUUAUCUCUCAAUUCAUCCCACAAUGACCUCAUUAAUCUGACCACUCACCAGACUAUGCUUGUAUAAAUUUGCUUGCUGUGCAUCCCUUUGUAUUGACUGAAGAAACUUGUUCCACAAACAAAACAUCUAAAGUCUCUCUCUGCAGUUAUAUCUUUUUCACAACCCUUCGGUUUUGUGCCAUUUAUCUCCAUAAUGUAUUAACUAUUUAGGUUAUAUGCCAUGCAGGAAUACUUUAUUAGUUUUGAGUUAAUGUAUUAGUUACAGACCAUGCAAGAAUACUUAGUUCACAGUACAGUAUUAAGUUUAAAAGCCAUGAAAGAAUACUUGGUUUACAGUUCAGUAUCAUAAGCCAUGCAAGAAUAGAUUUGUUUAGAGUUAAUUUACAGUACAUAAUAGGCUUGCCUUAAAAUAUGCUGUGUACCUAUAACCAGUUUGUAACUAAAUAAUGUACAAACUCAUACAUUAUAACUCCAGUGUAUAUACCAUAUUUCAUGGCUCUUAAGACUUGUUUUAGUUUCAAUGGCUCGGCAUCGAAUGUAACUGGGAGAGCUACAGCCCCCCCAAACUUAUAGCUUCCAUCACUGACCUUCGGUUUAUAGGAUGCAGGGUGGUUUUUAGAGACAUUUUAUGGAAAAAAAAAAAAGUGUCUAAUAAGCCACAAAAUACGGUGCAUAUUCUAGAGCAAUAAAAGUUUUAUUAAUUUCAUUAGUUUCAAAUGCAG